CUCUUCUCAACUCUUGCCGUUACUGCCUUCUCCGCUGUCGCCAGCGCCAAGACGAUCCGCAUCGACGUCGGCCAGAGCGGUCUCACUUUCUCUCCCAGCGACAUCACUGCCGCCGUUGGUGAUAUCCUGGAGUUCCACUACCACCCCAAGAACCACUCUGUUGUGGCCGCCGACUUUGCUACUCCCUGCAAGCCCAAGGCUGAGGGUGGUUUCUACUCCGGCUUCUUCCCUACCACUGGCACCGAGAACUCCAACGUCUUCCAGGUCGAGGUCAACAACACCACUCCUAUCUGGUUCUACUGCUCUCAGUCAACCGGCAACCACUGCGGUGCCGGCAUGGUUGGCGCUGUCAACGCCAACGCCAACAAGACGCUCGCCGAGUUCAAGGCUGCCGCCGAGAAGGUCACCACCAAUGAGUCUCCCAAGACCGGGGUGUUUGGUGGUAAGGUCCUCGCCUCCUCAACCACAUCUAGCGGCGCCACCACCACCUCCGGCAAGCCUGCUGCUGCCACCACC